UCUCAAAGUGUGUGUGAGCAGCCCUUCUUCUUCUCCUGCUCUCUCUAUCUCUCUCUCUUCCUUUAUGUAUAUGUGUGUGCACAUUGCAGUGGUGCAACAAUAGCCAGCUGCGGGCUGUGUCUACAUUCAGCCGCUGGGUGUCCUCACUGUAGGCUGGGCUGUCCGUGUUUUCCGGAAGAGAGGGUGUGACACAUGGGACACAUCUCAGGUCAGCAGCUGAUCUGCAACACUUCUCGCUACGGGAUCUUGGACGUGUCUGACGCCUCUCUGAGUCUGUGUUGAUGGUCAGCUGUGAGCAGAGUGGACCAAACAGCGUCCAUCCCUCCGGAUCUCUGUGACUGGACCGCUCCAAGGGGCUCACACACGCCCGAGCACUCAUUUGGCUCUGGAGGAACGCUGAACGUUGUGACCGGAGGCUGGACCAGGUCACGUUGAUGCUGGUGGGUGCUUCCAAAUACUCUCCCUACCACCUGCUCCUGUGCCGCUCCAACCUCUCCGCCUGCCAUGGCUAUGAGCAGUGACUCUGGCCGUGAGAGGCUGGACCCCGACACCAAGGAGCAGACUGGCAACCUCACGGACAUCAUGGCUGCCAUGACGACGAAAGACUCAGAUGGCUCAACUACCAACGGCGUGAGGAAUGGCGGUGCUCAGCCGGAUGGGGCUCAGGCCAAGAGGAUUCAUGUGUUGCGGCCUCACCUGACUGGGAGGAAGUUUUCGCUGCAGGAGAGAGGCACUUACAUGUCAGGUUCUGGAGGAGGAUACACACACAUAUCCCCUCGUGUGGCUCGCAGGCCCACCGUGGAGUCUAAACGUGUGUCCAUAUCAGACGCUAAUGACUGUAUCCAGUUGAACCAGUAUAAGCUGAAGAGUGAGAUUGGAAAGGGCUCCUAUGGUGUGGUCAAACUCGCCUACAAUGAGGACGAUGACAAACAUUAUGCCAUGAAGGUGGUGUCCAAGAAGAAGUUAAUGAAGCAGUGUGGUUUUCCACGUCGCCCGCCCCCAAGGGGACCCAAAGCAGCUCAGGGAGAGCAGCCCAAAAUCUUAGGACCCCUGGAGAGGGUCUAUCAGGAGAUUGCCAUUCUCAAAAAACUGGACCAUGUCAACAUUGUCAAGCUGGUGGAGGUUCUGGAUGAUCCGGCGGAGGACAACCUUCACAUGGUGUUUGAGCUGAUGCGUAAAGGUCCAGUGAUGGAAGUGCCCUCGGACAACCCUCUGUCAGAGGAGCAGGCGAGAUUAUACUUCAGAGAUGUCAUCCUGGGCAUAGAGUACUUGCACUACCAGAAGAUCGUCCACCGAGACAUCAAGCCUUCUAACUUGCUGCUGGGAGAUGACGGCCAUGUGAAAAUAGCAGACUUUGGGGUCAGCAACCAGUUUGAGGGCAAUGAUGCUCUGCUGUCCAGCACUGCUGGCACUCCUGCAUUCAUGGCACCAGAGACCCUUUCAGACGCACGAAAGAGCUUCAGUGGAAAAGCGCUGGACGUGUGGGCCAUGGGAGUCACUCUUUACUGUUUCGUCUUUGGGAAGUGCCCAUUUAUUGACGAGUACAUAUUGGCUUUGCACAAUAAGAUAAGGACCAAGCUUGUGGAUUUCCCAGAAAUACCAAAGAUCAGUGAAGAGCUGCGGACUCUGAUCUUGCGGAUGCUGGACAAGAACCCAGACACCAGGAUCACCCUCCCUGAGAUCAAGAUGGACCAGUGGGUGACCCAGGGAGGCACUGACCCCUUGCCUCUGGAGGAAGAGCACUGCUCUGUGGUGGAGGUGACAGAGGAGGACAUCCAGAACUCAGUCAAGUUCGUUCCCAGCCUCUCUGCAGUGAUUUUGGUAAGAGCCAUGCUGAGGAAGCGCUCCUUCAGUAACCCCUUUGAGUGUCCGAGCAGGAGAGAGGAGAGGUCCAUGUCGGCACCUGGUAGCCUGCUCAUGGACUCGUGGCCUUUCCGGCCCACUUUAAAACUUCACCCCUCACUCAGAAAGAGCAGCACAGGGGAUGGACCCAGAGAAGGAGAGCUGGAGGACCUGCAUGAAGACGAGCCGUCCUCUUAAGUCUUACGACACUCCCGUCAGCAGAGCUUUGUCUUAAACGCCAUCCUUUUUACAUCCCUCUGCUUGAACCACUGUGUGCUCACCCUUUCAUCCACGCAUUUCCUUCAAAUCAGUGACGCACUGCAGAUGCAUUGUUCUAAACACUGGAGAGACUUUUAAAUCUGCUCUAUUGCUUGUAAUGGGUAACUUCAGUAUUUUUCAGCAUGGACCCUAUUUUCCCAUGUUUUUGUGUCCAAGUGACUAAUAGGACUUAUAGUAUGUUUGGGCAAUCAAUGUACCUCCACUAAAACCAGGCCUCCGCUUAUUUUUGCCACUGACAGGGUCAGAUUGUUAUUCUUUUGCCUUGUUUCCACCAACCAGUCCGGUUCAUGUCAGUUCUGUUUUCUACACAUUAGAAAAGUUUCCAUUGUCAAAAGUUGUUCAUGGUACCAAAAGAGACGCUCCACAUCUCUGCUGGUAGUUCAAGAGAGAAUCGCCACUCUUGCUCGACAAGGACUCAGUGCACAAACUAAUCAAUUGCGACGGAGACUGUAAACACUCCAACCUGUUCUUUUAGCUCUGAAAAUGUCAGCGUCGUCCUUGCACUGUUCCAACAAUCACAAACUCUUGGUUGGUUGAAAUGAACCCUUAAUUCACCCUGCUUUUGUGAGUUUUUAUUGUGUCUGUGUCGACUUUGAAUAAGGUGUGUUUUACGAUGAUAAAAUUACUGUUUGGGUUUAGUGAUGGCAAUUUUGGGGCUGUUUCUGGUUUAGCAAAAAGGAUCUUACUCUUCAGAAAGGUCUAACUCUGUAGGAAUCCCUUCCAUAAUGUUAUUAGGCACUUAGAAUAACAGUUUGAGCCUGUAUUUGGCAAAAACAAGCUCUUUCAGUGGAUGUAUAUGUAUAUGAGAACAUCCCGGUGGUCCUGGUGGUUACACUGCAGCCUGGUUCAAAAAUAUUGUUUCCAUUAGUCACUUAGACACAAAAACAUGGGGAAAUAAGGUCCAGGUUGAAAUAUAUCAAAGUUACCCUUUGACUUUCAGACUUUUAUGCUCAGGCUUGCUUCCGUUUUUUGCUUCCUUCCGGCAUCUGAGAACUUUUCUCACCCCAAUUUCCCCCAUUCUCCUUCUCUAAUGUUGACUCUCUGGGCUCUAAGUUUGAUCUACAAUGCUACUUAUCUUAACUACUCAACCUCUUACUGUUGUGACUGGCACCAGUGAACCGAUGAGAGGAACUCUGCCGCCUUUCUGGAUCAUUAACAGUUCAAAUUAUUGUUGUGGGAGAAAGGCAUGACCAUGUUUGUCAGCUGGUAUUACACUGUAAUGUGGGAAAAAAAACUGUCAAACUUUUUCUUUCUUUCUUUCUUUUUUUUUUACAUGUCUGCAUGGAUGAAUAGUUGAGUGUCAUCAUCAGGCUGUCAGUGGCCACCUGUCACAGUCAUAACCAGCCUGACGAAGAGAAUAAUCAUCACAGACUUCAGCAUGGAAAUGACACUGUAUCGCCUCCUCGGUGAACUACAGGGCUUUUUUGUUUCUGAUCAGUGAUCAGUUGUUUUAUUAUUGUACAUAGAUGUCUUGAAGUGUCAUCAGUGUUAUUGUCUCACAGCCCGAUUCUUGUAUCUGUGCCAUUAACUUUUACUUUGGCGCUGUGAGACAAAGGUCGAGGUCCUUCCUGUGUUGCCUUGUUGAACUUCCCUAUCUAAGGGUGACCACACGGAAGGGACGGUGACUUUGCCGCGCUCGAACAUUUCAAAGUGACUUUCAUCACUGUGUAAUGUGUAAUUAUUUCUGUGAUAGAAGUCAUUUCACGCUUCCUCACCCCUACUUUUGUUUGUCUGAUGAUUUUUGUUCUCUAACACUGUCUCUUUCCUUUCUUAUCAAACUGCGCUGUUUGAUUUGAUGUGAAGUAAUUGUAAAAGAAAUUUGGAAGGGUACGUUGUUGGAUGGUGAGUGUGCACAGACUGAUAUAAUUCCCCUCACAAAUUAGAAAUUAUUAUUAUGCAAUAUUCUUGGACGCAGAGCGGGAAUCAUCUCACUGUCAAAGUACAACAUCAGCAAGCAUUUUUAGAAGUUAUCCAGGAUAAGGGACUGUACACAAAUUACUAAGGCCGUCAGAAAAAGGGCACUGUUAUGUAUGUUGUCCUUUUGCAGAGGGAAGGUUAGCUUGCCUUUUUUGGAGGAACAGAGUAGUGCUUUUUAUUUUCUAACAUACCAAAUUUAUAUUUCAGUAUUCCCUUGCAGAAUUAAUAAAAAAGGGAAUAAAAUUGAUGCCUCUGGUGUGCACAGUGGCUCAUAAAGAUGUACUUUGCCACAUGCAAAGGACAAAAAUCAUGUGCUUUAUGCUAUAUUGCUAUAUUUAAGAUUUUGGAUUUUAGGUUUUCAUUUAAAUAUCUCAUUGUAAAUAAGACAAGAAAGAUCCAUUAUUUUGCUGUUGGGUGAACUUGAAUGUAAAGGAAAUUUAAGCAUUUUAGAAACAUGUAAAUUGACUGCAUUUUCUGUGAAAACUACAUGAAUUGAUUUAAUGGCAUGGCCCACAACAGAUGUUGUUUUGUGCUUAUUGUGCUUAAAGUUUUUAAAAUGUGGCUACAGAUUUGACAAAAGGGUGUUAGUGAUUGUAAAAUUCACUUCAAAUUUAUGCGUUAGUGGCAAUUGUGAAAAGUAUUCUCACAUAAAUAUAUGAAUUUUAUAGAUACAUGAAAGUAUGUUUGUAAAAUUUAAAUAAAAUGGAUUUUAAAUUACAUUAACAGCACUUAAAAUUCUUGAGGAAGUCAAGGGUAGGGCCCAAAAAUAUAUUAAUACUGCAGGGAAGGGUUGUGCAAUUAAAAAAAAAAAAAAAAAAAAAUGUAAGAU